AUGGAUUUUAUUGCGCACGCCGGUAGAAUCGGAAGGCAUGGUAAGAAGUGCGAGUGGGUCGGCGGUCAUUCCAUUCCAUUGAGAAUACGAUACCGUACACAUAAGACAGAGGACUUUACCAUAUUCGGCUUAUUCGACGUUCCGCAAAACUGCAGACGACGUACGGUAGCGGCUGCGGGAGUCGAAGAAACGUUCCGCGAGGUCCGAUCCGGCCGAUGCCAGGCUCUUGUUGCAGGGGGCCUUAGUCCUCGGAGUCUGGUGCUGGUCGCCUCGAGGAAACGGAAACGGCGAUGUGAUGGCAUUUUUCGACCACCACCGUCGUCGCCGUUGCUCGUGCCGGCCGUUUCCCUCCCGAGAAGGUCAUGGCUCGUUGUGUGGCCGUCGUCGUCGUCGUUCAGCAAUAGACGUAGAACGAACGACCGGUCUGCCGUCCGGCCAAUGAAUCACGUCAAAAAAUCCUUCCGUCCAACGUGGCACCGAUGGAAGCCGCGUUUGCCACUUCGCCGCUUGAUUCUUUUCAGCCCUGGCGUAAAAAAUGCCUGGUGUCCACGGUUAAUUUUUGCGCCGGUUAUUCGAACGGAAAAAUUUAAACUGGUCGAAAAAAACUGCCGUCAAAGAGCCGCACGUCACAACCACCGAUACUUAGACGUCGGAGUACCGCGAGGUUGUCACAUCGAUUUCACGUCAUCGCUGAUUUGCACCAGAUUCGAGGCUCUUUCAACUUAG